AUGGCAGGAUCAAUACUUGAAGGUUGGCUUCAUCGAAUGGUUAGAAAAACCCUACGGAAGAGUUGGAAGAGAUGUUAUGCUAUUCUCAGCCACACAAGGCUAUCGUUUUACAAAAAACCUACAGAUACCAAACCACUCGGCACUAUAAAUCUUGGUCAACACAAUGUACACCCUCAUUGUACAAAACGAUCCCCUUUUGCUUUUUCUAUCGAAUCUCACUCAGACCGGUACAUAUUCUACUGCGAAACUCGGCUAGAAGCUGGAAUGUGGAAAGAGGCAUGUCAGCAAUUGCAUGAAUCCAGCUACCAAUUACCUGACGAUCCAUAUUUUACGACUUAUGGCAGUGUACUUGACAAGUGGCUUGCGAGGCUAGACACACACAGCUUGAGUCCGCCGAACAUUCUAUCCUCAAGAGGUAACACUCUGCAGUUACGGACUGAUGAUCCACCAGACACUUUCCAAACACAAAAUACACCAAUGUCACGCUUUUCCAGUAUCUGGCCAUUUAAUUUCGGAAAAAUUCUGUUCAACAAAAGGCGUACCACAUAUGAUGAAGUUGUAAACACAAUCGAAACUGAUUCAGGAUACACCUCCUUGUAA